CUUUUAGUCCUACCCAACACUAAAUCGAAUCGGAAUUUGCCGAAGACGGUCGUCUUUUCGCGUCGCUCGAGUUUUCAACUCUAAACAGGAGAAAAAGUUGGCCGGUACGAGUUUCACGGCCUGAAGUGUAUACAAAAAUUCGCAAAAACAAGCCGCAUAAGGAUAUCGCAAAAGUGUUCGUCGGAAAACACAUUGCGACCUAAAAUUUGAUUUGCGAAAUCGAAAAGUGCCGGAAAACUGGUGUACAAAACAAGGGACGCCGACGCCCGUGAAUGUGUGUGUGUGAAAAUCCUGGGCGGACGCCACUCCUUUUGCGCAAGGAAUCCUCGUAAAAAAAAAUUUGCAUUUUCAUCUUGCGCAAGGCAGCUCACGAAAAAUGCUGACACCGAUGCGGCCAGCGGUGGGUUGAUCGGCUGACAACCUCGACAUCCACGUCCACAGCAACAGCGACUGCCAGCCACGCUCGAGUGCCGGCGAGUGGGAGGAAGUGGAGUCGGCCACGGCACCUGGUCCGACUGGAAUUCGAAUCCGAACUACUCGCCUAAGAAACUGCAGCCCUGCGCGAUGACAAGUGCUUGGAGCAACUGCCUCUAAGAAGGGGACAGCCGAGGCAGCCAGCAGGAGCAGUAACCAGAACAAGAGACACCUAAUACUUGGACAAGACACGCUCCGCCAUGGAGAAAUCAAUGCACCACGCCCCCGCUCCGGCCGCCGUGGGUAAGGUCAGCCAGAUAGCCAACAUCUUCCAGCGCAAGCCGAUCGAGAUCCAGCCCGUGGAGCAGCUGAGCGCCGUGGCCGCCGCCCACGCAGCUGCCGCUGCCGCAGCCGCCGCCCACAACCCGACUCCCGUUCGCACCGAGUCCCACUCGGCCAGGUUCAACAACGCCAGGGCCCUCUUCGAGAAGCUCGGCGUGGAGUCCAACUCGAACGUCAGCUCCAGGCUGCUGAGAAGCGGCUCCCGGGAGGACAACCUGUGCGACGGCUCUGACCGCUCCUCCUCGCGCUCCUCCGACAGGUCGCAGUCGCCUCCGAAGCGGCGCACCCCCUUCCCGUCCGGCGUGUCCUUGGUCCACAACAACAACAACGCAGCCGCAGCCCAGAACGGAGUCCAGUCCAGCGAGCAGCGGCUGAGCAACAGCAAGUUCAUCGUAGAGCCAUCGGGUCAAGCUGCCCCGGGAGGAGGCGGAGUGAAGUUUCCCCAGCCGAACUUGUCGCGUUUGAAGUCGGGGGAGGAGGCCCCCCCGACCGCAGGACCUCCCGUUGGCUCGGUAAGCGCGCUCUUCGCCAACUCGGGGAGCGAGAAGCCCGAGAAGCCGGAGCGCAAGUUCAACUCCAGGGAGCUGAUCGAAAAGCAGAAGAAGUGGACAUCCCACUUCACCAAGACCAAGACCACUCGCACCCACAGCGACCUCAACCGGUGCGACAUCAUCCGGACUGUGCCCGGCACGGGCCUCAUAAUGGACAGCGAGAAGGCGGCCAAGCCCGCGGCAGAGCCCCCGCAGCCGCCGGCGAACUCCAGCCCCAAUCCUCCCGCACGGUCGCAGGCCCCGCCGGAGAUUAAGCCCCGUAGCGGGAAAAUCGGCAGCCCGGUGAAGUCGCCCCCCCUACCGCCCAUUCCGGCUGCCAAGCCCAAGAACGUCAGCCCGGUGAAGCUCAACCAGGAGAGACUGCGUCAGUCGCCCACGAAGACGGCGGAGAACUCGCCGCCGCCCCCGCCCGCAAAGUCCGCGGCAGUGACGGCGGCCAUGCAGAGGUCCCUCUUGCAGGAGCAGCAGCAGGAGCUCCUGAGGAACAGCGGAGACGCGCCCAUUCCGCCGGAAAAACCGCGCAAGAAGUCCAUAGAUCUCAUCGAGGAAACCCCGCCCACGACGGACUGCUCCACCCCCUCGUCCUGCGCCUCGCCCACCAACAGCUCCUACAUCAUCCAGCCGGCCAAGAGGGGAUCCGUGGACAAUGCCAUCGCAGUGGUCGGACAGCUGUCCUACACCGGAAACGGCCUCACCGGAAGCACGAAUUCCGCUGCUUCGGGAUCCCCGGUGGCCAGUGCCUCCUCGGGACCCUCCUCGCCCGCGCACACGGAGGACGAGAAGCAGGAAAACGAGUCCACGGAGAAGUCGGAGAUGGAGUACCCCCAGGGCACCGGCUACAACAGUGUUCCCCGCCGGUUGCGCAGCGAAAAUGAAGGUCGCAAAUCUGUGGACGAGACUCCUGCUAUCACCCAGCAGCAGCAACAUUCCUCUCCGGGAUCUGUCUCCGGAUCGCCGCAACGGGUGGCCAACAAGCGGAGCAGCAUCACAUUCAACAUGCCAGCCGCCGGGCUGGGCCAGCGGCCGCCGAGCAUGAUCUCGACGGCCAGCCAGGACGAGGGCGGAUUCAACGAGUCGGCGCCCGAGUUGAAGGCCAAGCUCCAGUCGUACGACCAGGCGGAGGAGCAGCAGCAGCACAGCCUGAACUACGUGGACGUGGGCUUCCGCCUCAACCCGGACGGCAGCGAGAGCCACGAGGUCUACGGCUCCGAGGCCGAGCUCUACGACACGGCCAAGGUGACCGACAUGCAGCGCAAGUUCCACGGAGCCAAUGGGUUUGGCCGGGAGUCGAGCACAGUGUACGCCAUCAUCAAGCCCGAUGUCCAGGACACCCAGCCCGUGGCGCCCUCCAGGGCUGCGCAUCUCCAAUCGCCCUCCUCGAGCGCGGAUGGCUCUCCGUUGCACCGCGGAGUCUACAGCUCCCCGCCCGUGGGGGUGGUCUCCCCGAUUCGACGACGGAAUAGCAGCAGCAACAGCGUCCAGGAGCAGAGUGGCGGAGGCGGAAGCGCCAAGACGACGCCUCCCAUAUCGCCAGCUCGCUCGUCCUUCAUCAAGGGCAUCGCCCCCAUCGCGUCUAUCGACUCCCACGAGGAGGAGGGCCUGGACUACCACAUCGAGGAGGAGGAGGACCUGGUGGUGGAGGUGCACCACGACGAGGACGAGGAGGAGGCGCCCGUUCUGCCCGAGCGUCGUCCCACCGCCCAGGGCUCGCUGGAGAUGCAGGACCUUGAGUAUGCGGACACCAGUGCCGGAGAGGACGAGGAGGACAUCCUCAACCACAUAAAGGGCAGCGAUGUCCUGGACGUGGAGCUGAUCGACGACGUGGUGGACGAGGUGAUCAAGGUCCACGUGAGCCACAGCGUGGCCAUCGCGCCAGCAGAAGCACCCAUGCCACGGGUGGACAGCUUGCCGGAUGAGAUGACCGCCGCCGAGGCCGAAAGACUGUUGAGCUCAAGCAUUUUGGAAAACAAAAUCAGGCAACAGUCGCUGCUGUCGGACGAGCAGGCCAAGGAAGUCGAGCAAAUACUCAACGCCGCCCCCACCGUGGGAGUGGCAGUUGCUGCCGUUGUUGCCACAGCAACAUCGCCGACCAGCAUCAAGAAUCUCAUCGAGGAGACGCACCCGGCCGCUGGUGGAGAGCAGGACAUCCAAAUAGCCGCCGUGCCCGCAAUAGUCGACGAGGAGGACGACGACGAGGAGCUCGAGGAAGACGACCACGCUCGGGCCGAGUUUAACGAGGACGCCGACGGCGACUCUGACGAUGUGGAAGCUGUAGACAUUGUCGGAUAUGGUCAGGCCACCGCGACAGGACCUCUAAACGCCACCUUCACCAAGGCGGACAGCACUGAGACAGAGACCACGACCACAACCACACCCUCCACGGCCACAACUGCCACCACUCGGCACGACGACGACGAGCCAGAGUGGCUGAGGGACGUCCUCGAGGCUCCAAAACGCAGUCUAGAGAAUCUGCUCAUCACCUCCGGCCCUUCGGCUGGCGGAGACGGGCAGAGGGAGGAGCACUUCUCCGAAGCCAAACAUUCCGAUCUUAACCAGACCUAUGUAACCGGCGGAGGAGAAUCGCUGCACGAGUCGAUCGUGUCCGUAGAGUCGACCCAAUCGGACGCAACGCUCAACCAGACCACCACGAUCGACGAUAGCAUCAUCUCCAGCAAGCACAAUUCCACCUACUCCCUGGCGGAUGUCGAGCAGGCCACCAACUCUACGGUUCUGAGCACGGGAGUGACCGAGCUCGACGACAGUCAGUACUACAUACCGGAGUACCCGCCGGUGAGGAGCAAGGAGGUGCUCGUCGAGGCCGGAGUGCACUACUUUGAGGAUGGCAACUUUUGGAUGGAAGUGCCUGGUCUCCUAGACUUCGACGACGACGACUGCUCCUAUCCUCCCAUCACCGUGCGCAAGAACCCGAAGGUGCGUUUCAGCUCCGGACCCAUUCACGUGUACUCCACGUUCUCCGUCAACGACUACGAUCGGCGAAACGAAGAUGUCGACCCGGUGGCCGCUUCGGCGGAAUACGAGCUCGAAAAGCGCGUGGAGAAGAUGCACGUCUUCCCCGUGGAGCUUAUGAAGGGUCCCGAAGGAUUGGGUCUCAGCAUAAUUGGCAUGGGCGUUGGCGCCGAUGCAGGCUUGGAGAAACUAGGAAUAUUCGUGAAAACCAUUACCGACAACGGAGCAGCAGCGAGGGACGGGCGCAUUCAGGUCAACGACCAGAUCAUUGAAGUGGACGGCAAGAGCCUAGUGGGAGUCACACAAGCGUACGCAGCAUCAGUGCUUCGCAACACCUCCGGUCUAGUCAAAUUCCAAAUAGGACGCGAGCGCGAUCCUGAGAACUCUGAGGUGGCCCAGCUCAUCCGGCUGAGCUUGCAGGCCGAUCGCGAGAAGGAGGAGCGCCUGAAGCGACAACAAGAGGAGUACCUACGCCGCACCCUCGACUACUCCGAGGACUCCACCCAGCCCGUGUCUGCCAAUUCGAGUGUUUGCGAGGGGCCCUCCAGCCCGGUACAGGUCGAGCACCCCAUGGAGGUGGAGGCCACCCACUCGCAGGAGGUAGAGUCGCUGAAGCGGCUGCUACAGGAGAGUGAAAUGGGUUGCCUGGUAAAGGAUGAAAUAAUCCAAAAUCUGAAACGAAAGCUGGUCAAGCUCGAGACGACGGGCAACGAGAACGAGCUGCUCAGCGAGCGGCUCCGGCAGAGCGAGCGGGAGCUCGGCAACAUCCGGAAAGAGGCGGCCAACCUGCAGAACAUGCUGCAGCAGUCCCAGGGCCAGUACAUGGCCCUCGACAAGAAGUACAACAAGGCCAAGCGCCUGGUGCGGGAGUACCAGCAGCGGGAGCUGGACAUGUGCCACCGCGAGGAGUUCUACCAGCAGCUGCUGCAGGAAAAGGACACCGAGUACAAUGCGCUGGUGAAGAAGCUUAAGGACCGGGUGAUCAAUCUGGAGCACGAGCUGCAGGAGACACAGCGGAAGGCCGGCUUCCCGGUGGGCCUGCCCUACGACAGUGCCACCCUGAAGCUUACGCCCCAGAUGAUGCGCAAGGCUCCGCCAAAGCCGCUCUUCCACAAGCUGGAGACGGAGCUGUCCGACACGGAGAUCUCGGACCUCUCGCCCGACGGCGACGGGGUCAAAACAGCCACUGUGGAGCGCAAGGUUCCGGUCAAGGACGAACUGGACGCAGCUGUGCCCCAGCACGAGCUGCUGGACAACUCUGUGAACAAGACCAAGAUCGACCUGGCCUCCCGGGGCGGUCUAGCCAAUCGCCAGCUGCCCUCCACGAACGGGGCCAACGGCACCGCCAACGGGGACUCCCAACUCUCGAACGGGAACCUCAUUAAGCGCAGCCGAAGCAACAGCCGCAGCUCGGAGUGCACACUGGACGACAGCGACGAGGAGGAGGCGGGCGAGGGCUCCUCCCCGAACCUGGCGGGAACAGCGGCGAACGCCCACGAGACGAUCAGCAGCCUCUCGAACGGAAACUCGCACCUGCUGGCCAACGUGAACAACCUGCUCCAGCACCACCCGCCGGCGAUGGUCACGAUCGGCGGGGGGGCGUCGGCGGUGGCCCCCUCCAACGGCCACCUGGGCACCACCACGGCCAUCCUGCUGAACUCCACGUCGUCGGCCUCCUCCAGCUCGUCGAACCAGUCCACGGCGCGGGAGGCGCAGAUCAACCAGCUAUACGCCCAGGUGCACAAGGACCCCAGCAAGCAGCAGCAGCAGUUGCAGCAGCAGCAGACGGCGAACAGCAUCAGCAUACCCAGCAUCUUCAAGAACUCCCUGGGGUCGCCGGCGGACAGCGGCGGACUGAACGACUUCCAUCGCGGCAGCAUGACCACCUUCGGCACGGGUCCAGCCAGCAGCAGCAACCGGGAUCUCAACAGCUCGUACGACUCCAUUCUCGGGUCGAACGACAAACUCUCGGAGAAUGAGCCGGCGGAGAGCUGGAUGUACCCCAGCCGGCGACGGGUCGCUCCUAAUGGCAGCAAAGUGCCGCUGCCCGGAUCCAGUUUCACGGACCAACUCAACCAGGCACUGUCCGAUCGCGAGAGGCGACUCGGGGACGGAUCCUCGCGACACUCCAGCGACGAUUACACGGAGAUCAACAAGAGCCAGAGCGCCGCGGCGAUCAACUGCAAGACGCUGAUCAACGAGAUCCGCCAGGCGGUGAACGAGGCGCAGCCCAAAGUUAAACAAGUCGUUCCACAAUCACUCUCCCCGCCCGGCACAGUCCCCUGGCAGCAGCAGCACCACCCACAGCUCCAGCAGCAGCCGUCCGCCCACACCACCGGCCCGCCCUCGCCCACCAGCAUGUCCUCGGGCUGCUCCUCACCGGGCUACUCGCCCAGCCGCACCCUGGACCUCUCUGGGUCGAGCUCCAGCUUCUCGGACCGCAAGGCGGCGGCCGCCGGAUACCACUACAAGGGUGGCCCAGUCCACGAGUGGACCAAGGACCAGGUGGGCCAUUGGCUGAUGGGCAUCGAGCUGGAGCGCUACAUACCCGUCUUCAAGGAGCACAACGUGGAGGGCGGAGCCCUGCUCACCCUCGACUCGAAGGACUUCAAGACGCUGGGCGUGAGCGGCGAUGACAAGCACCGGCUGAAGAAGCGCCUGAAGGACCUCAAGGCGAACAUAGAGAAGGAGCGCAAGGACAUGGAGCGGGAGCGGCGGGAGCGCGAGAAGGCCAUUCGCAAGGCCGAGAAGAAGGCGGCCAAAAAGAAGUAGUUGAAUUGUAGCCCCUAAGACUCUGAAGAACUCCGGAGAAAGUAGCCAAAAACCAAAAGCGUACGCAGUAUAUGUAGUCUAUGCAUACACCACACACACAAGCAACACACUCGUAUUAGCAGUUAUAUAUUUAUACGCAUCUAAUGAUAACAUAAUUUAUUUGUACAACACUUCUAUUAUACAUACGUACUACAUUUUAACCUAUCUACCCUAAUGGAAUUAUAGAUGUAAUUACUCUAGAGAAGCGGAUGAUGGCGGGGCAUCCCGCUGUGUUAGGAGGGUUAGGAGCAGCGGAUGAUGGUUAGGAGUAGGCCCCAAGAGCAGGACCACUACCCGACGACAGCCGACAGCUCCGGCCAAUGGAGCAGCUAGGAACCUACUCAAAAGGCAUUGGACUGACUGAUUUUACGAUUAAUUUAGACACAAAACAAAGAAAAUUCUUUUUUAAAGCCAACCAAACCAAAUAGCCACUUGAAGAGAGAUGCUUGGGAGCGAGGAGGCUCUGCGAGGAGUUCGCCGAACAGACUUGAUCGAAAGGAGAUAACAUUAAUAUUAAUAGCCACUAGUUUAAUCCACGGAAUGUCUCGUUUUUCUAAUUAUUUAUCUGUGUAAUUUAAUGACUAGUGCGUACUCGAUAAUAUUCAAUUCUAGAUAUAUGUAUAAACCUAUAUGUACGAACUAUGUAUGUGCAUUCGUCAGAUUACGCACCUGUUGCGAGAAUGUUCUGUACCGCGUACCCGUAUAAUUAACAACUAAUGCUAAAGUAUUGUACUGUAUUGCUAUGCCCGAACGUCACUGAGUACUUAAGUAUAGAGCUGAAACCAUUUUUGUUCCCUGUUACCAAGCGUACAGCAACAGCCAAAUCAAUGCAAAUGUCCACCAGCCAAAAAGAAAGUAAUCUAUUCGUUAGCCAGUACGAUCAGACACCUAUCUGUUCGAGUGAGUGAGUGUUACAGUUUGUUUUGCCUUGUAUAGAUAUUCGUAGAGCUUUCUUAUUUGUAUUUAAUAAUCCUAGUUUCGUCCUUGUGUGUUCUUGUGCUGUGUAAGUACUUUUAGUUUUACGAUUAUAAUUUCAAACGUUGCAAUAAAUCUGAAAACCAAUCCCCAUUGUCGCCCCAAGACAUAAUCCCUCUGGAUCUGCGGCCACAGGACCAGGACCCAACAUUGACUUAUCAAGGAAUCAAGUUUAGAAACUAGUCCUUGUUUGGUGUAACAAUUAGCGUAAUAUACCUACCACUACGGAAUACGUAUACAUAUAUGAUACUCUCCUUCUCUCUAUCUCUCUACGAACUACCACUCUGUCUCUAUUUGACUUUAAGACCCCGGCCGUGGCCAGGUGGGUGCCCAAGAGGCGCCCCGGGAGUCGACGGCCGGCAGCGCAUAUUCACCGCAUGUGCAUUCACGUCUCGUCGCAAGUCCUUAAUAUAGCUUUUGAAAAGCUCGCCUCUAAACAGUGCCACACAAACCAAAACAAAAAGCAACCAUUAUAACUUACAAAACGAUACGGAUAAUGAAUAACACAGUGCAUCGAGUCACUUGAGCAAUUCAAAAUGCAAAUUUUGUGGCGCUGCACGCGCCGCCACCAGUGGAUCUUCGCACUCCCGACAUCCGCUUAAUUUCGGAUUGAUUCGAGGAAGUGCAUCCGCGACAAAAACCAGAUCAGAGAGCUCGCGUGCAGCGCACAAAGCGCUCCAGAAUACGUGUGUUCUUUUAAAUGUGCACUUUGUUUGCAGUUUAUUUUUGGGUAAUUGUUAGUAAGCGAAUUACAUCACAUUUAAAACAAAAGAAAAUCUUUGAGGAGCAUAGGAACCAGUUUGAAGUUGGUGAAUCAAAUUAAUGAAGUAGCCUGACCCCGCCUCGAAAUUCUCAAAGAGUAGAGGCAGGACCGGCGCCUAAUAAUCAAAACAAAUCGAAAUGUUAGACACCUACAGAACACAUUCGUGCCUUUUUCAUUGCGAAAAACCGUCCCAACCAGAAUGAAUGAACUAAUACCCAGAGCAGAGGAUCUCACCCACCACCGUCCUUGGGGGCUCUGGACACUGCCACCCUCCAGCUGGCCCAGUCCCCCCCGGAUGCGUGCACUCCUUUGUCACGAAUACGUUGAAGCAUUAGAACCCCCGCGAAUGCCUUAGAUGAAAAUUAUAUUACCCAUUAGAUACUCAAUAUUAUUGAUUGUUUUGCUCGUAGGUUUAUAGGCCUUUCGAAAACUUGCUUUUGUCUCCGAUUUUGGGAACUUUACGACAAAGUUGGCUCGGUCUUGUGGCCUCGGGAAUUGGAUUCGGGAAAUAUGCGACUGUCGUCCCCCUUUGAGUUGUUCCUAAUUAUAAUUUUAAAUUAAUUACAAGUCUAUUCGGUUGCUCAUUCCAAUCAUUCUUAACUUUCUGUUUUAACUAUUUGAAUUGAUUUCCAGGUUUUUUUUUUUCAAUGGCCAUUAAAUCUUAAUUAUUUAAAUCUUGAAUUAAUAAUUCAACUUCGAUUGAGUAAGUUUCGAAUUUUGUGCUGCGUAUUUUUCGUAUAAUUUGUGCGAAUGACUCCAUUUUUUUCAUAUCAUAACUAGUUAUACUCUAUGAAUUUAGAAAGCCCUUCCGCAAAAGAUUACUCAAAAGUCAAAACUUAAUUCGCAAAGGAAUAGAAUGCAAACUGAAAUCGCUUAUUACUACACAUCGACGUCAAUAUUUAAAAUCGGUAAUUUAAGAUUGCUCGAAUCUUAGCAAAUCAUGGAAUAUAAUGAGUUACGCAGAGCAGACAGUGCUAAUAAAUAUACUCCGAAAUAAACCCAAUA